AUGCCGGCCGGAUCGAUCACCAUUACGAUAGUAUCGAACACCCAAGAUGGAGGCCAAGAAAUUCGUAUCAACAUCGAGGCUCCUCCUAGCCUGACUGCCUCCACCUAUCCUCCGCCUUCGCCGGUACCGAUCAUCCCGCCAAAUCCGCCACAAGAAGCGCAAUUCGGAUACUAUCACACCCUAACUGCACCAUCUCUUCCCAUCCAACAUUUUGACCACACCAACAGUUCGCCAGCUACUAUCUCCAGCACGGGCUGUGUUCCAACUGCGGAAAUUGGAACGCCACGAGGAACUGCGAGGAAAAGCACAAUCAAAGAA